CUGAAAAACUGAAAAGUUGUAUCGGACAGAAAACAACGAAGAAAGAGAAAGAGAAAGAGAAAGAAAGGGGGGAAAUAACGAAAAUAAAAAUGAACCUUCUCAAAUCAAAGAGAAGGAAAUUGGGGGUUUUCUACCUCCUCCCUCUUCUUCUUUAAAAUUCUCAUUCAAAUUCAGAAUUCCAUUUUAAUUUUUCUUUUUUCUUAAAAUUCAAUCUAUUGCUGUUAAUUUCGACAUGCGAUCAUCCGCCCACGACCGAUGAAUCUGUCUCAGAAGGCGUUGGUCUCCGUUGAUGGGACUUCGACACCACGACCUCCAAAUGAGUUGGCAGCCGAGUUUACUCAGUGAUAAACGCAAACGUGGCCCUCCUUUAGGCUUGCGAAAUCUCGGCAACUCUUGUUAUCUCAACAGCGUCCUUCAGUGCCUCACCUACACUCCUCCUCUCGCCAAUUUCUGCCUCAAUCUCCAACACUCCUCUCUCUGUGAUUUGGCACGUGACUGUCCCUUUUGUAUUCUGGAGAAGAGGAUUGUGCGGUCGUUGAGCUUGGAUUUAACUCUGGAUGCGCCGGCGAAGAUCCAGAGUUGUUUGAGGAUUUUCGCCGAGCAUUUUAGGGGCGGGAGACAGGAGGACGCGCAUGAGUUUCUGCGUUAUGUGAUUGAUGCGUGUCACAACACGUGUUUGCGUCUCAAGAAGUUGAAACGCAAGGGGGGUGACCGUGAAGCGGUGAAUGGGAGUGUGGGGAAUAGUAGUAGUAGUAGUGUGGUUAAGGAGAUAUUUGGGGGAGCUUUGCAGAGUCAGGUGAAGUGUUUGUCAUGUGGCGCUGAGUCGAAUAAGGUUGAUGAGAUUAUGGAUAUUAGUCUUGAUAUUUUGCAUAGUGGUUCACUUAAGGAUGCAAUGCAGAAGUUCUUUCAGCCUGAAGUUUUGGAAGGAAAUAAUAAGUAUAAAUGUGAGAAUUGUAAGAAAUUGGUGGCAGCAAGGAAGCAAAUGUCGAUUCUUCAAUCACCAAAUAUCCUUGUGAUUCAACUCAAGAGGUUUGGAGGGAUAUUUGGUGGGAAAAUUGAUAAGACCAUUGCAUUUGAAGAGAUUUUGGUUCUUUCAAGCUUCAUGUGCAAAGCUAACCAGGAUCCGCAACCAGAAUAUAAGCUUUUUGGAACUAUUGUGCAUUCAGGAUUUUCACUGGAUUCAGGGCAUUAUUAUGCUUAUAUCAAGGAUGCAAUGGGCCGGUGGUAUUGCUGUAAUGACUCCUCUGUCUCACUUUCAACUCUGCAGGAGGUAUUGUCUGAGAAGGUUUAUAUUCUCUUCUUUUCUCGUGCUAACCAAAGACCAGAAUCAGCCAAUGGCACUUUUCCUUCAAAUGGUGUUAAAUCUAGUGAAAAUGGCAAUGGGGUUCAUAAAGGCGUGAAGACUACUGUUCCGUUGAAAUCAGUGAGUAUAAAACCAAGUGCUGAGCAGUCAUCUCGGAAGAAUGUCUCUACCAUUUCUAAGGUUGAGAAAGUGCCUUCUGCCCCACGACUGAAAUUCAAUAUUUCGGGAAACUCUGGUUGCAAAGGAGUUCCUCCAACUACUAAUGGAAAGAUUGAUAGUCAUAAGUCUCAGAGUAUGGAAAUGAAUGGAGCUAUCAAAGAUUCGGUUCAGAAGGAGAAAAGUGAGAAAGAUCCAUUGAUGAACGGGAAUGAUUCUAACAAAAGUAAAAGAGUUGAUGUUCUUGAUAAAGAGAAUGGUGUCACACCGGCAUCAGUAAAUGAAAAUGGUGAUUCUAAAAAUGUUGGUUUUGCAUCAGUAAAACAAGAUUCUGGUGAACGUAAUGUUAUGAGGAACGGGACAACACAACGAGGGUCUGAUCACACCAAACUGCUUAAUGGUAGUAUUAACGGCCACUCUGAUGUCUCUGGAUCCAAGAGGAAAUUGCAUAAGGAUUCUUGCAUUUUGUUUGCACAGGAUUCUCAAUCUCAGGCAAAAGUUCAAGAACUGAGAGAAGUUUUGGAGAAAGAAGCUUCCUUAGUAUUACGAUCAUGUGGUUGGUCUGAAAAUGUCUACAGUUUUAUGUGUUCAAGGAAGAGGCUAUGCGCACAAGAAGUUGGUAAUGCUCCAAGCGCUGUUGAUUUGAAGAAGUUGUUGAUCACAGAUGCAAAACGAACUUUUAUUUCACAAAUACCAGAGCCGUUGAAAGAGGACCUUAUCAAACGUCUCAGGUUAUUUAGCAAAGAAAAACAAGAAUCUCCAGGCUCUUGAUCACCUCAAGUGAUAUAUCAUGAGUUCCAUGAGAUUUGUAGCUGAUGGGGUUUGUAGUAAAAAUACAUUCGUGUAAAAAUUUUGUUGACUGUUGGUGUGGGUUGGAUAAGAAAAUGUUUGUGGUGAAGGAGAUAUUUUCUUGAGAAUUGGGGGGGAUUCCAUGUCC